UCCAGCAGAAGGGGACGGGGGAGAAAGGUGCGAAAGCGCCGUGGGAGUGCCGGGUAGGCAGUGGGUCGCUGCUGCUGGUCUGUUUGGGAGGCAGUAAGUGACCACCACGAGCUCGAGGGGAGAGCCCAAGCAGUGGGAGUGCGGGAGCCUAGGGCUGCCUCAGCGGAAUCUGGAAUAGCUAAGCACAGGGGCCCUCGCACGGCUCCAAAGAACUGGGUGGGAGGGAUUUUGGAAGUCGAGGCAGGAGCCAGGAGCUGAGGGUACGGCAGAUUAGUUGUGCGGGAAGUGCGGUUCGGGCUUGGGGGUGGUCGGUGGGGACGGCGUGGGAGAUCUUGGUUUGGAGUUUUCCACAGUCUUGCCCCCAUUGGGUAGAAUCACACUACUUGCCUUUGUACAAGAAACGGUGUCUCCUGGGGCAAGGAAGGAGCCAGCAUGGCCUGGGCUCUGAAGCUGCCUCUGGCCGAUGAAGUGAUUGAAUCUGGGCUGGUGCAGGACUUUGAUGCUAGUCUGUCCGGGAUCGGCCAGGAACUGGGUGCUGGUGCCUAUAGCAUGAGUGAUGUCCUUGCAUUGCCCAUUUUUAAGCAAGAAGAGUCAAGUUUGCCCCCUGAUAAUGAGAAUAAAAUCCUACCUUUUCAAUACGUGCUUUGUGCUGCUACCUCUCCAGCAGUGAAACUCCAUGAUGAAACCCUGACAUAUCUCAAUCAAGGACAGUCUUAUGAAAUUCGUAUGCUAGACAAUAGGAAACUUGGAGAACUUCCAGAAAUUAAUGGCAAGUUGGUGAAGAGUAUAUUCCGUGUAGUGUUCCAUGACAGACGACUACAAUACACUGAACAUCAGCAGCUGGAAGGCUGGAGGUGGAACCGACCUGGAGAUAGAAUUCUUGACAUUGAUAUCCCAAUGUCUGUGGGUAUAAUCGAUCCUAGGGCCAAUCCAACCCAACUGAAUACAGUGGAGUUCCUGUGGGACCCGGCAAAGAGGACAUCUGUGUUUAUUCAGGUGCACUGCAUUAGCACAGAGUUCACUAUGAGGAAGCAUGGUGGAGAAAAGGGAGUGCCAUUCCGAGUACAAAUUGAUACCUUCAAGGAAAAUGAAAACGGGGAAUAUACUGAGCACUUACACUCAGCCAGCUGCCAGAUCAAAGUCUUCAAGCCCAAAGGUGCAGACAGAAAGCAAAAAACAGAUAGGGAGAAAAUGGAGAAACGAACACCUCAUGAAAAGGAGAAGUAUCAGCCUUCCUAUGAGACAACGAUACUCACGGAGUGUUCUCCAUGGCCUGAGAUCACAUAUGUCAAUAAUUCCCCAUCACCUGGCUUCAACAGUUCCCACAGCAGUUUUUCUCUUGGGGAAGGAAAUGGUUCACCAAACCACCAGCCAGAGCCACCCCCUCCAGUCACAGAUGUAAGUCUAAAGUUAAAUAACCUCUUGCCAACAACCACACCUCAGGAAGCUCAGCAGUGGUUGCAUCGAAAUCGUUUUUCUACGUUCACAAGGCUUUUUACAAACUUCUCAGGGGCAGAUUUAUUGAAACUAACUAGAGAUGAUGUGAUCCAAAUCUGUGGCCCUGCAGAUGGAAUCAGACUUUUUAAUGCAUUAAAAGGCCGGAUGGUGCGCCCAAGGCUAACCAUUUAUGUUUGUCAGGAAUCCCUGCAGUUGAGGGAGCAGCAGCAGCAGCAGCAGCAGCAGAAGCGUGAGGAUGGAGACUCAAAUGGGACUUUCUUCGUGUACCACGCCAUCUAUCUAGAAGAACUGACCGCUGUUGAACUGACCGAAAAAAUCGCUCAGCUUUUCAGCAUUUCCCCUCGCCAGAUCAGCCAGAUCUACAAGCAGGGGCCGACAGGAAUCCAUGUGCUCAUUAGUGAUGAGAUGAUACAGAACUUUCAGGAGGAAGCCUGUUUUAUUCUGGACACAAUGAAAGCAGAAACCAAUGAUAGCUAUCAUAUCAUACUGAAGUAGGUGCGGGGCAUUCCAUCCUCAGUGGCUGCUGCUUCCUUCACCUCUUGGAAGCUUCCCCCCUGAAGGGAGUCACUCGCUAAUGGAGAUUUGAAGGUCUGCAGGAGCCUGACCCAUCUGACUGUGUGUGGGGGAGUCCAGGCCGUGGAGGCAGAACCCCAGCCAUCUGUCGGCCCAAGCUCUUGUGGCACACAUGGAUUAUUGCCCAACACCCAUUUCUGCAGCUGUUUCUUAGUUAAAAUGUAUGGACCCUGUUGUUGUUGAAUAUCAUUAGAAACUCCACACCAUUUAGGGUGUCUGUAGGGCAUAAUGAUGAUGAGAGUUGUGUGAUGUUUCAUGGAAAGAUGUUAAAUUUUGUGAUACGGAGCCAUGUAAUUUUUUUCUAAUAUAAAAGUGAACAUCUAUAUUCCUAAGACUGGAUCCUCAGUCUCUUUGCAUCAUACAUGCUGGCUUUUGCCACAGUUGGCCCCUGAAAACCUCACCGACGAGGGGAAGUACAAAGAUAGAAUCGAACUUUUCUUUUGGUUGCUCUGUACUGCCAAGACUAAUAGUUUUAGCUAACAUUUACUGAGCAUUUACUUGUGCCUGUUAGUGUGAUAAAAUCUUUAAGUGGA